AUGGAAAGUGAUGAAAAAGCUGAGAAUCUACAGCAGGGUAAAACAUCAAAUGAAUUUUCAACUUCCACUUUACAAAGAUCAAUACAGGAGUCCGUAUGUCAAACAUUGGAAAAUGUAGAAAAAUGUCACCAAACUGACGUUCCAUGGGAACCCACAAAGUCAGUUUCAGUUUUAUAUUCAAGAACUGGUUUGGAUGCCCCCCUUUCCUUCUCUCGAGCCAGUCGUUUAGAUCCAAGAGGUGAGAAACUCAAUUCAUCAGAUGAAGAUUCAAGCUACCAGUGUGCCUCAACGAAAUCAACGACAGCAACAACAACAACACUGCAAAAUCCUGCCAUGAGGACCCAGGAAAUUCUAACAAAUGUCGUAACAAGAGCAUCAAAUAUCAAAACUGACAUUGCUACAUUGAAAGAAGAAACAAAAGCGUGUGAUGACACAAAUAUACAAAAAGAUCCUGAUGGUGUCAACGCAGGAGUUUCAACCAUACCUCCGUUCUCUGGGUCAAAUCAUAUUUGUUCAACAGGCAUUGUGGAAUCAUUGGUAAACCCACCCUAUGAAACUCCUUGUACAGAGACAAAAGAAAACAGUUCGCCUUCUUCACUGGAUAUCUCAUCAGAUACAUUAGCUGAAAUGACUUCGCCAAAUGUUUUGAGUAAUACAGGCUCAAGUUCAGCAAACUCUAGACAGACAGUGAACACAACGACAACUCAAAUUGUAAAUCAUCCAGAAACUCUUCCUAUGCCUCCUGUUCUUCGUCCUGAGGAAAUAAAUUUCUGUCGGUUUACGUUUCUUAUCUUAAGGAGAGCGCCUAUAGCCGUGAGAACGUACUUUGAUACCCGUCAUCCACCGUUACAGUUAGUGACAGAUCUGGCAGUCAAUAAAGAGUCUCUUUCUGCUCUGAGAGGGAGAAUCAUAGCUGCUCAGCAAUGGAAAACAUUAUAUCCAUCUUCAGGAUAUGUAAACUCUAGGCAAUUUGAUGUCACAUUGCUGAUUCUUCUUUUACGGUAUAUGACGAAUGUUCCUGCUCCCGUCACUGGGUUCGAAAAACUUCCAGUACAAACAGAUGAUAGUGUUGGAGCAGACCUUGCAAGGAUAAAGCACUACAGGAACCUUGUAGCUCAUUCAAACAAUGCCAAACUGUCAGAAGCAGACUUUGACAACUAUUGGGUGGAUAUUGAAAGUGCCAUUGAAAGAUUAGGGGGAAAAGCACAGCUACUUGAGACAAAGACAUUAAAGACCUCUCUAAUGGUGGAAAAAGACAGAGAGAUUCUGCUAGAAAUACAACAAUUAAGAGCGCAGUUGCUAGAUACCAUUCCACAAAAUGUCAAAGAACAAAUUCAAGAUCUGUUAGAUUUGUGGACAGCAGAGGACGAUAAGUUUCACGAAACUCGAGCUUCCAUGGAAGUUUUUCAUUUAAUGGAAUCCAACAAUUGCGUGGCUGUUGUUGGAAACUCUGGAGCUGGAAAGUCCGCUAUUGUACAUCAUGUUGCAUUAAACAUGCAAAACAAAGGCUACUGCAUUGUGCCCAUUAAAGUUCCCAAUGAAAUACUUCAGUAUUUUAAUAAGGACGUGGACCAGAUUUUUGUCGUGGAUGAUCCUUGUGGAGAAGGGAGUAUUGAUUUCCAUUUGGCAAAAGAAUGGAAACGAUAUGAAAAAGAUGUAGUUCGUUGCCUCUUAAAAUCCUUUCACACGCGGUUAUUGGUAACAUGUAGACUUUCAAUAAGUAACACAAUCCAUUACAAAGACAUUGAACUCUUUCAACCGGACAAAUGCAAAGUAAUUGAUCUUAAUUCCAAAGAAUUUUCGUUGACAUUACUGGAGAAAAGAACAAUUUACAAGUCUCACACGAACGUUGAUUGUAAAUUUGAAAAAGAUAUUCUGAACUUACAUGAUUGUUUUCCACUAUUGUGCAAACUCAUUUCAACCAAGGAAACCUUUAUGCAAAACCCCAGAAAAUUUUUGGAGUUUCCCUAUAAAGCGUAUUUUUGGGAACUAGAUCUUCUCAGACAUCACCCAACACCUUACGAAUACUGUGCCCUAGUGUUAUGUACCUUUUUCGAAAAAGGAAUCGAGUCUUGUCAUUUUCAGAAAGGGAAAGAUGAUAAGAUUGAUAAAAUUUUUGAGGUUUCCUAUGAGGAGUGUUGUCUGGAUCAAGGCACAUCAAGGAAAAGAAUUAAGCAAGCUUUGGGUGGACUGACGAAUGUCUUUAUUUCAAACGAAGGUGGAUCAUACAAAUUAUUACAUUCUAGAUUGACUGAAAUUAUUGCGAGUCACUUUGCAAAGGAAUCUCUCGAUAUUUUAAUAAAAUUUGCUCCCAUAUGUAUUCUUGAAGCCAGACUCAGGAAUCGAGAACAAAUAUCCGAAAGCGAGAGUGAAUACUUUAUCAUUCUUGAUGACCGACACAAAGAUGUCUUUUGUGAAAGGAUAGCUGAUCAUAUCGAAGAAAGAAUUUAUGAUACGCUUUUUAAUCCUUGCUUUCCUGAUGAUCAGCUUGAAGUACUUUUAUUUCAGAAGUUAAAAUCAAAUGGAAAGUUGAAUUCAAUUUUACUCACACAAAAUAAAAUUGGAAAUGGUGCUUUUGUGAGUUAUUUACAUAUGAUGAAUCCAAAGGAUCCAACAGAGUACCGAGAGGUAACUCCUGACAUCAUAGAUUUGAUAAGAUCAGGUUCCUUAGAGUAUCAAAUAAUAGGAUUUGGGAAUGGCAAUAUUCCAAAUUUUUACGAAAACUUGUCAGCAAAACUACUACUAGAGAUAAACAAGACUAGUUUUCUACACUGGUUAAUUGGUGCAGGAUGGACAAAUUUCUUAAUUCAUUCCUUGGAUGUUGUUGAUUCGGAGUCAAAAAACGAGCUUUUCCAAAGUAAAAAAUCAGCUUUUCUUUUAUCGUUAACAAGUGGCAAUUUAGACAUGGUGAAACUGUGUUUAAAACUAAUUGGCCCCGAUUUGAAUUCAAAAUUUAUAUGCUUCCUGUGUAAACAGCUGUGUGAAAAGGGUAAGCAUUCAAACGAUUCUUGCCCGUUAGAAGGAUUAAGCUUUAUAACCAUACCCUGCAUAACAGGGAAGAAAAACAUUCUGGAGUUUCUUUUCAACGAAGGGAUUUGCAGUCAAAAUGAUGUAAACGCCUUUGUUUAUUUUACUUAUCAAUCAGUGACACCAUUGACUGCUGCCUGUAAAUUUGGACACAUUGACAUAGUGAAAUUAUUGAUUGAAAAAGGGGCAAACGUCAACUUACCAGACAAAAAUGGAAACACUCCUCUCAUCGAAAGUUGUUGUAAUGGGCAUGAUCAGAUAGCAAAAGUUUUAAUCGAAAAUGGUGCAAAUUUGGAAGAAAGAUGUUGUUUAGACUUGUUUCAUUACGAUUACAUUCUAGAUACUUAUUAUGACGAAGUUGGAAAGGAGGGCUGGUCGGCACUUUGGUGGGCAUGUAAAAGAGGUCACUCAUCAAUUGUCUCUUAUCUGCUUGAAAAGGGUGCAAGUAUUAACAAUACAAACAAAGCAGGCAAAACUCCUCUUUGGGCUGCAAUCCAAAGGGGGAAAUUCGAUAUAGUUGCCUUAUUGGUAGAAAAAGGCAUCGGAGUCAAUGAAACAGAUCGUAAUGGACGAACACCAAUAUGGUGGGCUUCACAUGAAGGUCAGGAAGAAAUACUGAAAUUAUUCAUCGAUCUUAAAGGAAAGGUCAAUAUAUGUGACCAUAAUGAUAUAUCUCCGUUAUACACCGCAUGUUAUAGAGGCCAUUUGGAUUGCGUAAAAUUAUUAUUAAAUCACGGAGCCAAUGUCAACACAAAACACUCAAUGCAACCUUCGCCUCUUCUUGGUGCUUGUUGUGAUAAAAAUGAAGAUUUGAUUUCUCUACUCAUUAGAUCAGGGGCUAAUGUCAACUAUACAUUCCAAGGUUUGUGUUCCCCACUUUCUAUUGCAGCAUGGUCCUCAUGUAAAGAUAUCAUGACUAUUUUGAUUAAAAAUGGUGCUGAAGUCAAUACGACCUUUGAUAACGGAAAAACGGCACUCAUCCAAUGUGCCUUUGAUCACACUAAAGACAACCUUGACGAAAGACUGCGUUACUUGCUACAUGAUCUACGUACCGCGGAUGAUGAUUGGUUUAAUCUUUUUCAUCCUGGGGUACAAAAUUCCGAUUUACUUGACAUUAUUUCUAUUUUAGUAAAUUGUGGUUGUGAACUUAAUAUCCAAGAUAAUCUUGGAUUGACAGCACUUAUGGGUGUAGUCCAGCGCAACACUGAAUGCACAAAAUUACUUUUGGAAAAUGGAGCUGACGUUAACCUCAAAGAUAAAGAAUCUAUUUCUGCUUUACAUUAUGCUUGUCUUGCGCAACACCAUGAGGAGGUUGUCUUACUCAUUGAAUAUGGAGCAGAUAUUAAUGCUAGAGAUGUAGCUGGGUCUACACCAUUGCAUUAUGCAUGCAAUAAUUUUGAUGAACAGACGGUCGACAUACUUUUAAACAAUGGAGCUGAUGUUAAUGUGCGAUUGUAUCACUGGAUGACACCCUUGUUUUAUCUUCUAGAAAAUGUUAUAUUUGAAAAAAAGAAAUUACUUGAAGAUACAAUUGGCAAUAAAAAUGAAGGACAAAACUUGACAUUAAAACGUACUGCUGCAAUAGGAUUAAACUUACUGAACCAUGGAGCAAGUGUGAAGACUUUUUUUCUUAUAUGUCCAUUGUUGGAAUUCAUGUUGAUAUACCAUCUGAAAGACGAAAAAUUUGUACAUUGUUUGCUUGAGAAAUUUUUAGAAGAAACAGGUGAAAGCCUCUUUAAUCCUCCGAUGUUUUAA